AGGGACCUGUUAAGCGGCUUACUAAUUUCUGACCGUUGGAUGAAUAUUCAGCUGCCAGGAUUAUAACAAAUUUUUAAUACGUUCAGCGUUUUUCAAGCGCUGGACGGAGGAAGAAAAUGACCCCGUCCAACGUUUAAAAAACGUUGGACGUAUUAUAAGUCAGUUAACACGUUCCUGGCAAUCACGUACCAGGGUAAUGGAAGUUGGUAGGAGCAGAUCAGAUAUGGGAAAAGUGUCUGAACUCUGGUUGACUUGUGGUGGAAUCUUACUUAUGCUAUGUGUUCCUAGUGUUUUCGGCUGGGGAGCUCAAGGACAUUUUGCAAUUUGUAAAAUGGCUCAGGGAUUCCUUACUGAAGAUGCACUGACUGAAGUGCAAGCAUUGCUUCCUGAAUAUGCUGAUGGUGAGCUUGCAGCUGUGUGCUCCUGGCCUGAUGAGUUUCGCAAACUUAUGCCCUGGAGCACCGCAUUACAUUUUGUGGAUCAACCUGAUUCCAGUUGUAACUACGAAUAUUGUAGAGAUUGCCACGAUACUGAUGGAAAUAAAGACCGGUGCGUUACUGGAGCAAUUUACAACUAUACAGAUCAACUUCAGUUGGGUUUUCACAAAUUGAGUUCAGAGAUGAACUACAACUUGACGGAGGCACUUAUGUUCGUAUCUCAUUUCUUUGGUGACGUCCAUCAGCCCCUACAUGCUGGCUUCCUUGGAGAUUCAGGAGGAAACACUAUUAUAGUCAGCUGGUAUCAGAAUGAAACCAAUUUGCAUAAGGUAUGGGAUGAUAAGAUCAUAGAAACCUCCCUGCAGACAUUCCACAAUUCAGAUCUUUCUAGCUUAAUACAAGCUAUCCAGAGCAAAAUUUCGGGUGUCUGGUUCACUGAGAGCCUAUCUUGGAGAAAUUGCACCUCUGAUUCUCUGGCUUGUCCAGACCCGUAUGCUUCUGAAAGCAGUGAGUUGGCCUGCAAGUUUGCCUAUAAAGAUGUCACGCAGGGAGCCGCUUUAGGAGAUGAGUACUUCCUCUCCUGCUUGCCUGUAGUGGAAAAGAGGCUAGCACAGGCUGGAGUCCGUUUGGCUGCAACGCUCAACCGAAUCUUCAGCUCACAGCUCUACCAAUCUCACAAAAUUGAAUGUCCAACACCUUCUACCUACCUUUAUGAUUCUAUUUAAAGCUCGUUUACGACGAAGGGAGUAAAUUGUGCACUCCCAUGUCUUGACACUCUGAGAAUAAUCUCUUCUACAGCUGUAGUUGAUCUUCAUUGAAAUGGAAGUGUUUCGCAUCAAUA